ACCAAACGGGAUCGACCUCUCUCUCUCUCUCUCUCUCUCUCUCUCUCUUUCUCUCUUAGCCCUCCAGCCACUGACACUCAGCCAAAAUAGAGGGAUGUCACAUCUGAAGGAAAGCCAGUCUUACUCGGUCUGCGUGAAAAAUAACCAGUGCGUAACCAUUCUUCACCUUUACGCACGGACUUGUUUUCUUGUUUUAUCCACGGGGGUCUGUGCGCGCUGACUGCUUGUGAUCUUCCAUUUCUCUGUUGGUUGUCACGAUGCUUCCUAGCCCGGUUAUAACCUCUUCAACCACGCCUUUUUCUGUAAAAGACAUUUUGAAGUUAGAGUUACAACAACAAUCGCAGCACCACCAGCUCCAGCUCAUCUCCUGCCUCGGUCUCUCCGGUGCGCUCUCCCAACCCGGACCUUUUACCAAGAAUAAACCUCUGCGCUCCCACUCGCCGCCCUCCUGUAUGCUGGCCAGAAGGGACAGUCCGAGUCCCAUCAGCCCCGGCCUGUCCGAGUGCGAGGACAGGAUGUCGUACCUCAACCCCCUGUCUGUUCAGGACCGUCUGGCGGAGUCAGGGCUGCCGGUGGAGAUGUUCAAUACCCCGGGACACCACCACCACCCUGGAGAGCUUCGACUGGAAACCGAGCAGGAGGAUCCAGAUACAAAGACCUGUGGUGCGUUACGGGGUGAAUGUGAAGACGCAGACUCGGAAAAACCCGCCACCAAACAGCAGAGGACCAGGAGGAAACCGCGCGUCCUCUUCUCCCAGGCGCAGGUGUUCGAGUUGGAGCGACGGUUCAAGCAGCAGCGUUACCUGUCCGCCCCGGAGAGGGAACACCUGGCCACGUCCUUAAAACUCACCUCCACGCAGGUCAAGAUCUGGUUCCAGAACAGGAGGUACAAAUGCAAGAGGCAGCGGCAGGACAAGACUCUGGAGAUGGCGGGUCACCAUCACCACCAUCACCACCACCACCACCACCCUCCUCCUCCUCCUCCGCCGCCCAGGAGGGUGGCUGUACCGGUGCUGGUUCGGGACGGGAGACCUUGUCUGGCUGGAUCUCAGAACUAUAACACCUCUUACACGGUCGGAGCUCCGAACCCGUACAGCUACAACAGCUACCCUGCGUACAGCUACAGCAACUCCGUGUAUACAAACAGCUAUUCUUGUACUUACUCCAGUCUACCUGCUCUGCCACCCAGUAAUAACACUGCCAAUGCGUUUAUGAAUAUGAAUUUAGGGAACCUUGGUGCACAGACUCAAACCCAAUCAACCCAAGGACCAGUGGUCACACCCUGCCAAGGAACUCUGCAGGGCAUCCGGGCAUGGUAGCGCACUUUUUACGCACGGCUGGGGUUCAUGGCCACAAGCUCUAGCAUGUAUACUAUUCACAUUUUUGCUUGUGGAUACAUGAUUUUAGUAUUACCCUGUGAGGUGUAGUGGUAUUGGUGUGUAACUUCAGCCUGCCCGAGCCCAUGAGCCUCUACAGCAGGGGUGUCAAACUCAUUUUAG